GAGCAACAGUUGUCAGAGCUGAUGGUUCAGCGAGCACAGAUCGAAGAGCAGCUGCGCAGACAGUUGGAGGAGCAGCGUGCACACAGCCAGGGUGAGCUGCUGCAGGUGCAAGAAGAACUGAGCAGGCUGCAGAGGGAGUUCAACCAAAACCUGCUGCAGGCUGAAAGUAAAAAGCAGCAGGCUUUGUUCCAGAAGGAGGUGGAGAAGGCCGCCCUGACUGAGGAGAUAGCAGCCUUACGACAGGAUCUGGCCACAGCAGGCGUGGAGCUGGAGCGCAUGCAGAGGGAGGCCCUCAGUAAACAAGAGCAGGACAAAAAUGCAAUGCUUGUCCUCCGGUCUGAGCUGCGAGGUUUGCAGCAUCAACUCGAAGAGUCUCUGAGCUCCUAUCAGAGCUCCAAGAACAGUCUCAUGGAGGAGGUCAGAGAGAGGAACCAAGAAAGCGAACAGGCUAAACAGGAGUUGGAGAGAGUUCGUCAGCAGCUGCAGGAGGCAGAAGACGGCCUCAUUAAAGGACAAAGAGAUCUGAUUGAGGCACACAGGGAGCUGCAGGGCACUGCACAAGCACAGGACAAGCUGCAAAAAGAAGCACAGGACAUGCAGCGGCUGCUAGGAGAUGAGUCCAGAGAAAAAGAGGCCCUUCAGGUGUCCAACCAGGAGCUGAGAGCUUUAAUCAAAAGAACAGAGAGUGACAACAGCAGCCUGAAGCGAUCUCUCAGAGAGAAAGAACAAAAACUGUCUGUUUUGGAGGAACAUAGAAGCUCGAUGCACCAAGAGUUAACAACACUCAGGAGCAGAAUGAAAGAGUUAGAGAGCACUCAUCUGCAGGCACGCAGAGAGCUGCAGGAGCUGCGCACACAGAUAAAAAUCCUUGGAGGUGAAAACAGCCAUCAGAAACAGGAACUGCAAGAGCUGCAAGUCCGAGUGCACCAGGAGGAGCAAAACGUGGAGGAAACACAUCGUGAGGCUUUUGCUCUGACGCAGAGAUUGUUGGAGUGUGAAGCUGACAAGGAGGCAGCACUAAAUGAGGUUGCAGCUCUACAGUUUCGUAUGAGAGAACUGGAAACAGCUGAGCAUGAGAGCCAAGAGUUGCUGCAGGAAAAAGAAGCCUGUCAGCAGCAGAGUGACCAGAGGCACAGAGAAACGACUGCUCUGCUUCAGGCAGCUCUUCAGGAGACCAGGGCCACAGUCAAAGAGCUCAGUGUGAAGGCUGGUCUUGCUGAAAACCGAGCCAAAGGUCUUGAGGAGCAGCUGAGUGUGAGCAAAGCCAAAUGCAGGGACCUGGAGCACCAGCUGGUGGGUCUGUAUGCAGGUCUGCGCUCCACUGUUGAUGGCCAUCGUACAAGGCUUUCUGAAAGAACAGGUUCACCAAGACGGUCUCCUUCUCCCCGGAGAAGAAACCUGCAUGUUAGAGGAAGAGAGAGCGUCUCAGGGGGAUCUGUGUUCUUGUCUCAUGAUGAAGAUGAAGAGUUGAAUUUGGAAUCUGUGCUCACAGCCGUGCAGGGCUUCCAGAAAGAACUCUGGGACACACAAAGAGAACGGGAUGAAGCCCAGGUCCAGAUAGUCAAACUGAGUCAGGAUGUGACAGAACUCAAAACGUCUCAGGACAAGUCCACCACUCAGCUGCUGCAGCUGCAGAGGUCCCUGAGGCAGUCAGAGGAGGGAAAACGACAAGUGGAAGAAGAGUUGCAAAAAGUGCACGCUUCCCUGUCCUCGCAACAGGAUGUAGUGCAUCGUUUAGAGCGGGACAAGAGAAGCCUCGAGGCUGAGCUGACUCAACUCAAAACCUCUUUGCAAACUUCUCAGACUGAGUCCCGGACUCUGCAGGACAAGUUGGAGAUCCUGCAUGUUUCAGAAACUUCUGCAAAUGCAGAAAAACAGAGGCUGAAAGAGUCUCUGGAGGCAGCAGAAAGCAGAGUGAACCUCCUGGAGCUGUCCCACCUCACCCUCGAGGGUGAGCUGCAGCGGGCCCAGCUGAGGGCAGCAGAGGUUAACGCAGAGGCCGGGGCCCUGCAGGACAGGCUCACAGACACCAGGAGGAAACUGGGGGAGAGCCAAGAUCGAUGCGCAGCACUGAGAGUCAGAGAGGAGAGGCUGACCACAUCACUGACUCGGGCCGAGCAGCAUGAGAGCAAGCUGAGAGAGCAGAUUCACAAACUCUCAAACAGCCUCAGUGACAAAGAGACGAGUGCAGGAGUUCAGCAGGAGCAGAUAACUGAGCUGCAGAGGACUCUGAGUGCCAGUGAGCAGGACCGAAGGCUGCUGCAGGAGCAUCUGGAUCAAACACGAGAUGCUCUUUCAGAGAGCAAGCGGCUGAACCACUGUCUCACCGAGCAGAUCCAGGACCUUCAAAGAGCACAAGUGGACUCAGAUCUCAGAGUUUCUGCGCUGGAGAAACACAGCAGGACACUGAAGGCGAGCCUGAAGCAGCAGCUGGAGGCUCAAACACAAACUUCCCAGCAGCUGCAGAGAGACAAAGAGGGUCUCCAGGAGAAGCUCAGCAGCCUGCAGAGCUCCGUGCAGAAGCUUCAGAACCACAGAGCAGAAACAGAGCAGGUCCUGACCCGCUUCAGCAAAGACAAGUCUGCUCUUAGAAGAACACUAGAGAAGGUAGAGAUGGAGAGGCUGAGGAAAGAGGAGGAGGCAGCUUCUGCUGCCAAAGAGAGAGCGCAGUUGGAGCAGACGAUCUGCAGCUUGGAGCAGGAGCUGACUGGAAAACAGGAAAUGCUGGAGGCUCUACAGACUCAGAUCUUCCAGCUGGAGCGCGCUCAUGCACAGCACCUCCUGGAGGUUACAGCCCAUCAUCACCAGGAGCUGGACCUGGAAACAAACCGUCUGAGGGACAGUCAGCUCCAAGCAGAACAAGCCCUGGAGUCCAGGGAGAGGGCUCACCGCCAGAGGGUCAAAUGCCUGGAGGGACAGGUGCUGACUCUCAGAGAGCAGCUUGACCAGGAGACGAGAAGACAGCAAGCGUAUUUCAACCAGUGAGACGGGAGUGUAGCUUAUGCAGAGUCCAGCAGCAGGCAGAAUGCAAGGGAUCCACAGUAUUCCCUGGUCUCGCACGAG